AUGAAAUUUGGGCAACAGCUUCGCCAGUCCCUUAUCAAGGAUUACUACUGGCACUACAUAGCCUACGAUGAACUGAAAGACGCCCUGAAGAAGCCCUACAUCUCCGGCAAGAGCGGCGAACGAGAACCCUGGACCGACGAUGAUGAAGCCGCCUUCAUCCAACGCCUCGAAGCCGAGCUCGACAAGGUCUUCACCUUUCAGAAGCUCAAGAGCCAGGAAAUAGUCUCUCGCAUCAAGGCCAGUGACUCCGAGGUCAAGCAGGUCGUACAUCGUCAAGAACAACAGAACUCGAACGACCUCGAGACCGAGACCGACGACGACCUCGAAGCCGACUUUGAGCUGCUGGAGGCUGAUUUGAGCGACAUCAUCGCCGAUGUUCAUGAUCUAGCCAAGUACACCCAAUUGAACUAUACUGGCUUCCAGAAGAUCAUCAAGAAACAUGACAAGCAAACAAAUGUAUACUUGCGUCCUUCCUUCGCAACCAGGUUGAAGGCAAAACCUUUCUUCCAAGACAACUACGAUGCCUUCAUUGUCACUCUCUCAAAGCUCUACGAUCUGGUCCGCACACGCGGGAAUCCCGUCAAGGGCGACAGCUCUGCCGGAGGUGGCCAACAGAACUUUGUCCGCCAAACAACAAAAUAUUGGGUACAUCCAGACAACAUCACCGAGCUGAAGCUCAUCAUCCUCAAGCAUUUGCCCGUCUUGGUCUUUAAUCCCAAUAAGGAGUUCGAGGAGAAGGAUUCCGCCAUUUCCUCCAUCUACUAUGACAAUACCGAUACUUGGGAACUCUACGAGGGCCGUUUGAAGAAGACCGAGGGUGCUGAGGCAAUCCGUCUCCGUUGGUACGGAGGCAUGGAGAAUGAAACCAUCUUUGUUGAGAGAAAAACCCAUCGUGAAGAUUGGACUGGCGAGAAAUCUGUCAAGGCAAGGUUCACACUCAAGGAGAAGAAUGUCAAUGCCUUCAUGAAAGGCGAUUUCACUGUCGACGAUGCUUUCGCAAAAAUGCGCAAGGAGGGUAAGAAGAGCCUCAAAGAAAUCGAAGACCUGGAGCAACUGGCCCGCGAAAUCCAGUAUCGUGUCAUCACUCGCAAACUGGUGCCCGUCACUAGGUCUUUCUAUCACAGGACUGCGUUUCAGCUUCCCGGUGAUGCUCGUGUCCGUAUCUCCCUUGAUACCGAGCUGACCAUGACUCGGGAGGACAAUCUGGACGGCAGGCAGAGAGCUGGUAAGAACUGGAGACGAAUGGAUAUCGGUAUCGAUUGGCCAUUCUCUCAGCUACCGUCCCAAGAUGUCGAACUCUUCCCCUACGCUGUCCUGGAAGUCAAGUUGCAGACUCAGGCUGGCCAAGAGCCACCUCAAUGGGUGCGGGAUUUGACUGCAAGCCAUCUGGUUGAAGCUGUGCCCAAAUUCUCAAAGUUCAUCCAUGGCACAGCUACCAUGUUCCCCAACCGGAUAGAUCUGCUUCCUUUCUGGAUGCCUCAAAUGGACGUCGAUAUUCGUAAACCAAUCACGCAUCAAUUUGGUAUUGAAAGACCUGCCAAUACAGCAAGCUACUCCACCAGUGAUGUUGAUGACUCUGAGGAUGAGGACUUGGAUGACGGCCAAACAACGGGCAGGGCAACACCGCACGUGAAUGGCUCGAAUGAGAGUGACGAAGGCACUCGACGCCUAAAUGCUGCUCGGCGCGCCUUGGAUGAACACAGACGCGCUCAGCAAUUGGAUGACGACCGUGACGCCCAAGGUGCACCCGGGAAUACCCUGGACGAGGAAGAGCGUGUCUCAGCCUUACCACUGCCGGACAGUGAAUAUAUUUACGACUCGGAAGACGACGAUUACGGCGCUGUCGCCGACGAACUCGAGGAAGCCCGUCGCUCUGGCUCGUGGAAGUUCUAUCCUUUGGUGCUCAAACACCAUGUUCAGAAGGGUAGCAACCUAAUGUUCGAUGCCCUUCAUAAAUUGUCGGUGCCGACUACGACACGCUUGCCUCAGAAUGGGAGUAUCGGUGGCGUCAAUCCUCUGGGCGGUCCCGUUGCUACCGUCAAGAGAUUCAGAGCACCCAAAGGAAAGCGCAUCCACGUUCCCGUGCGUGUCGAACCGAAAGUUUAUUUCGCUGCAGAACGAACCUUCCUUAGUUGGCUCGAGUUCAGCAUCAUUCUUGGUACCAUCGCGGCAACUUUACUCAACUUCGGGGAUCAGGCUUCUCUGUAUUCGGCCUGGGGCUUCACUAUUAUGGCGUGUGCUGCAUUGCUCUACAGUGUAGCGAUAUACUGGUUGAGGGUUCAAAUGAUCAGGAAGAGAAGGGCCAGCAUCAGUCGAUACUAUGAUAAAUGGGGAACUUCAGCGCUGUGUGCUGGUUUAUUUGCUGCAACUGCCGUGAGUUUCUUUUUCAGGAUUCGAGAGGAUGGAUGGUUUAAGAAGCCCUGA